GCCUUGCCAUUAUAUCUAGUGACAUUGCCUUGCCAUUAUAUGAAGAUAUAUAGCCUUGCCAUUAUAUCUAGUGAUAUAGCCUUGCAAUUAUAUCUAGUGACAUUGCCUUGCCAUUAUAUGAAGAUAUAUAGCCUUGCAAUUAUAUCUAGUGAUAUAGCCUUGCCAUUAUAUCUAGUGAUAUUGCCUUGCCAUUAUAUCUAG